CUGUGUAAUGAACUUAACUUUCAGCUACUCGGAAACAAUACUUUUGUAAUUUAUGAUGUCAAUAAGGAUGAUGAAGGUUUAUACUAUUGUAAUGUUAGUAAUAAGUAUGGAAUUAAUCGAUCAACUAAUAAAUUACAAGUUUAUAAACCAACAUAUUUUGUUAAAAUUCCAACUCCAAAACGUUUAACACUAGAAGCUGGACAGACGACAGAACUGUUCUGUCAAGCCAUAUCUGAUCCUCGUCUUUCAAUUGAUUAUAGAUGGACUAUUAAUGGAGAGCGAAUUAACAACUCUGAAACAUUCCAAAUUCUCAAAGAUCGUCUACGUAUCGUAGCUGCUAGAGGUAGACACAGUGGAAUCAUAGACUGUGCCGCUGUUACAGAUGUUGAUGUUAAACUGGCAUCAAUGCAAUUGAUAGUCAAAGACGUUCCCGCUAAUCCUGAAGUUGAUACUCCUAUGUGCUCAGAGAGGAAGGCAAUCAUCAGGUUCAAAAAAUCAAAUGAUCAUGCCGAUACAAUUCGAAAGUAUAUUAUCGAAGUUAUGACUGAUUUCCGAAAGGGUUUCUGGGAGCGUGUUGUUGAAGAAACAAACAUAAGCAAGCAUUUGUAUGAAGUCGAUGUCACCUUAACUCCUUGGGUAAACUAUACUUUCCGAGUUGUAGCCGAAAACUCUCAUGGACGAUCAGAUGCCAAAGUUGGCUCUGAUGUUGAAGACGUUGCUCAAACUGUUAAAUGCAGUACCAGACCUUCAUUCCCAUAUACGAAUCCAUCAGGUGUCUGGGCUGAGGGUAACGAACCUGAUAAUUUGAUAAUUUAUUGGAAUCCGAUGGAUAAAUAUUAUUGGAACGCUCCAAAUCUCCAGUACCUCAUUAGGUAUAAGCUGAAUGAACCUCAUGCCCCAUGGACUGAAUUUUUGGUAGAAGAUGCCUUAGCUAACCACACAAUCAUCAGAGAACAACCAACAUUCCGUGAAUACUUGGUUCAAGUUCGAGCUGUGAAUGCUAUAGGCUUGAGUAUUGUUGAGCCGGAGUCAGUGAAAGGAUACUCAGGAGAAGACAUUCCAACACUAACUCCUAACAACUUGAGAGUUGAUCAAGUUCGUAACUUCACAUCUGUCUCAUUCUCAUGGGAGGAAGUAGAUCCAAAGAGUGCGAAUGGAAAAUUCGAAGGCUAUGAGAUAGAAUAUUGGAAAGAUUCAGGAAGAAAGUAUAAGAUAACUGUACCACCAGGUGUUCAUAAUAAGACAAUAACCGUCUUUUCUGCAAACUCUAACUAUACGGCUGUGAUCAGAACGAAAAACAAGCAUCAUGUCAGUCAUGAAAGUAAUUCUGUUCGAUUUGAAAUGCCUGAAGGAAUUCCUUCCAAAGUUCAUGGACUGCGAGUUAUAUCAGUUGGAGCAAGCUCUCUACUAAUUCAAUGGGAAAAGCCUCGUGUUCCCAAUGGAGUAAUUCGCGGAUACUUCCUCUCCUUUGAGAAUGAUAAAAAUGAAACCGAAGAAACUUAUGUUGUUCAUAAACGAACUUACUAUUUGCAUGAAAAAUGCAGUUCGGAUACUCUUUAUAAGGUUGGAGUUUGGGCUGAAACAAGUGCUGGAGAGGGACCAAAGCUCUUAAGGACAGUGAGGACAUGGCCAGCAGGAUCUCCUGACACACCAGUCUUCGAAGUGUUCAAUGUAACCAAGAAUUCAAUGAUUGUUCGAUGGAUUCCUUCGAACUCUUCAGUUUGGAAAAUGCCAGGCUCUUCAUUCUCUGUUAAUUACUCCGUUGAAGGAAGUAAUGAUUAUAUAGAAUCCCAGCGAGUCUACUUACCUGAUACACUAAUCGCUCUUGAAAAUUUGCAAGAAUCAACGAGAUAUUCUCUGGUUGGUGUAGCCAAAGAUGGAAAUGAAAUGACUAAAACUGAUGAUCCACUGCCAAUAACGACUCUAUCAAAGAUAAAUAUGAGUGAAAUGCAAAAAGAAAAUCUGCGAUCAAUCGUAUGGUUUAUAGCCAUCCUUAUAGUAGUUUGCAUAGCUAUGAUGACGAUAUUCUUAACAUGUUGUUGUGAAGAACGAAAAGGGCGACGAUAUGGUGUCCACAGAAAGGAAAGAGAAAUACGUAAUCCAGUGGAAUCAGAAGAAGAAAGAAAGUUUCUUGAAUAUCAGUACGGGUACAAAAGUUGA